AUGGCGUACGAGAAGGAGCUCGAGCUCGCCCUCCUGGCCGUCCAGCGCGCCGCCAUCCUCACAAAGAGCGUCUACUCUUCCCACAGCAAAGGCACCCUCACCAAAACCGACAGCUCCCCCGUCACAAUCGGCGACUUCGGCGCGCAAGCCCUGAUCAUCGCGAGCAUCAAGUCCGCAUUCCCCAACGACGAGGUCGUCGGUGAGGAGGACGCAGACGACCUGCGCGCCAACCCCGACCUGAAGAACCUCGUCUGGGACCUCGUCCAACAAGCCAAGCUCAGCGACCCGGCCGCCCAAGACAAGAUCGGCGGCCCCAUCAAGAGCGCUGACGACAUGCUCAAGGCCCUCGACGGCGGCGCCAGCGAAGGCGGAAACAAGGGGCGCAUCUGGGCACUCGAUCCCAUCGACGGCACAAAGGGCUUCCUGCGCGGCGGCCAGUACGCCGUGUGUCUCGCGCUGAUGGUCGACGGCGUCCCAACCGUCGGUGUCAUCGGCUGCCCCAACCUACCUGUCGACGACAAGGCGCCGCUGGACAGCAAGAUCGGCACCGACGCGGACGACAAGGAGGGCAAGGGCGUGCUGUUCGGCGCAGUGAAGGGCCAGGGUGCAACCUCGCGCGCUCUCACAGAUGGGAAACUCGAGGCGCCGAAGACAAUCACCAUGUCCCCCCUCCCCGACGUCGCGCAGGCCACAUUCUGCGAGUCCGUCGAGGCAGGCCACAGCUCGCACGGCGACCAGGCAGAUAUCGCAAGGAAGCUGGGCAUCACAAAGGCCUCGGUGCGCAUGGACUCGCAGGCCAAGUACUGCUCGAUUGCGCGCGGUGCGGGCGAUCUGUACCUCAGGUUACCGACCAGCAAGACGUACCAGGAGAAGAUCUGGGAUCACGCUGCCGGUGUCGUCCUUGUGCAGGAGGCUGGCGGCGAGGUCACAGACGCAUAUGGCAAGCAAUUGAACUUUGGCAUCGGGCGGACGCUGAAGGAGAACAAGGGGAUUGUUGCUGCGCCCAAGGCAGUCCAUGCCAAGGUUAUUGAAGUCGUGAAGGAGGUGUUGAGUGCGAAGAAGGACUGA